AUAGCUCGACCAAGACACCCAAGAAAGAGAAAGAAAGGCUCUCCAACCCUCCUCCAUUGCAGCAACUCGAGCUCAAGCAAGAGAGGUCCAAGGAGUGGGAUUAAAGAAGGAAAAAGGCUAGGAAAAGUGUGUAAAUUAAGGAACUUGUGAAAGGUAUUUCAAGUGAUUUCACAAAGUUGGGAAAGUCGCCGGAAUUGUCGCCGGAGUUGACCAAAAGUCACCGGAGUUUCACCGGAGUUCAACCAAGAAGGGUAGAACUUCAUAACGCUAAUUCAAGGUUGAAGCUAGGGCUUGCUACUUGCACCUCUCUUACGGGUGAUAUCGACUCAGGAAGACGUGGUUCGUGCUUCCUUAUUUUCUUUCAAACUACCGAACACUUGCUCAUGGAUAUUUGUUCUACUAUAAACUAUUUUUGGGGCUUGCAUGCCCAUGUUGUUGGCCGGUUGUGGCUUAUGACUUACCGUUGAAUAUUUCCGCUAUUCAUUGGUUUUAAUGUGAUGUUGUUAUGUAUGUUUACUACUGAGUAUGGAUGGAUUAUAUUCUCGAACGCCUUGUGUAAUUAAGUGAGGUUGACUCGCGGGUGACGUCACUUGGUUAUACGGCGGUUGUACACGCGCUUGGAUUGCGGUCUGGGGCGUGACAAUUAAGUGGUAUCAGAGCCAUCUCAGUUCUAAACUAUAUAAUCGACCUCUCACAAAGGAUUUUACAAAAGAGUUUCUACCGAAAACCAUGAGCAUUGUAUUUUGACGUUUAUAGGACUAUUGGUGCUUAAGUUGCAAGGCCUCUAAUUGUUAAGACGGUACCCUUAACAAUUGGUAUGGUAGUGACUUGGGCCAAUACGUGUCUGUAACGUUCUUCCGUCAAUUGACAUUUAUAGGAGUCUAAUGACUCAUCCAUAUUUCUUUCAGAAAUGGAGGGCAGGCGAAUGGGGACCAGGAACAAUCCGAGGGGGCAGGCGCCGGUAGCAUCCCAAAGGGGAAGCCGGGCUGCAUCUCGGGGUUCAAGAGGAGGUCAUGGAGGCCGUGGAAGCCGUGGAGGUCAUCAAGCUCAAACUGUGAGUGAUGGCCAUGUAAGCUCGGUGUAUGAAACCAACACCGAGGACUAUGACUCUACGUAUGUUCCUGAGACAGGGCAUGAGGAGACCCCAUAUGAUGGGGGUGACACAUACACCGAUGAGGACAAUGAUGAAAGUGAUGCCCGCUUCGCCCAAAUGGGUGAAUUACUUGAGUGGUAUCAAAAGGAGAAACUGAGGAGAGACCUUAGGCGCCAAGCGAGGCGUGGCUCUCGUGGUGGUUCGGGUCAAGGAAGCCGGGGAGCUUCCGUGGCCACCCCAGCGGCGCCACAAGGUGGGCAUGAAGGAGGUUUUGUGGUAAGAAUCUCCAAAUACCUCAAGGAGGCUAGGGCCUUGGGGUGUAGGUCCUUCGACGGCACCGGCGACAUUACCGUUGCCGCCGAUUGGAUCAAGAAGGUGAAGGAUGCAUCGAGAGACAUGCAGAUUACUCCGGACGUGAAGCUAACUGUCGCUUCACGGCUACUUGAGGGGAUGGCUUCUACAUGGUGGGAAGGUGUAGAAGGGAAAUACCGUGGGGACAUCUCAUGGGAAAAUUUUGAGCAAGAAUUUUAUGCUCAAUACUACUCCGAUUUCGAGGUUAAUGUGAAAAAGAGGGAGUAUACCAACCUCAAGCAGAAAGAGGGUUGCACGGUUAAGCAACUGGAGCAAGAGUUUAGGACCUUGGCUAGGUUCUUACCGGAGUAUGCGAUCGAUGAGGACCGCAUGACUGAGCACUUCUGGGAUGCCUUACUCUUGGACAUCCGAGAUCGUGCCACGUAUUCCCGCCUCAUGACCUUUAGUGAGGUGGUAGAGCAGGGCAUGCUUGGAGAGGCCCAGUGGAAUGAGAGGAAAGCAAGGGACGCCGAAGAGGCGAAGAAAAGGAAGUGGAAUAAUUCGGGGCCACCCGAUCAUUCUCGAAGGAACAACCACGGGGGUGGUGGUGGUGGCGGUGGUUCAUUCAAGGCGCCGGCUCCACCGGCAAAGAAGAAUAGGGAUGCGAGGUGGCACGGACCUAGGCCACAGAACUCGGGGCCACCUAGAUGUCCCAAUUGCUCAAAACAACACUUUGGGAGGUGCAACGAACCACCGAGGUGUUUUAAGUGCGGGAAUGCGGGCCAUAUGAAGGCCAAUUGCCCUCAAUUGAUGCAAGAGAGUGCCUCGGGAGCCGGGGGAGGGACCAUAACGGGAAGAAACCGUGCGGGACCGUCAAACGGCGGUACGGGAAGAGGCGGUGCAUCCACAAGCCAUGCCGCAUCCGUCAACCAAGGUGGGACCCAAGCACGAGUCUACGCGAUGACCGAGGCGGAUGCGCGAGCAAACCCGGACUCCGUUGCAGGUUGAAGCUAGGGCUUGCUACUUGCACCUCUCUUACGGGUGAUAUCGACUCAGGAAGACGUGGUUCGUGCUUCCUUAUUUUCUUUCAAACUACCGAACACUUGCUCAUGGAUAUUUGUUCUACUAUAAACUAUUUUUGGGGCUUGCAUGCCCAUGUUGUUGGCCGGUUGUGGCUUAUGACUUACCGUUGAAUAUUUCCGCUAUUCAUUGGUUUUAAUGUGAUGUUGUUAUGUAUGUUUACUACUGAGUAUGGAUGGAUUAUAUUCUCGAACGCCUUGUGUAAUUAAGUGAGGUUGACUCGCGGGUGACGUCACUUGGUUAUACGGCGGUUGUACACGCGCUUGGAUUGCGGUCUGGGGCGUGACAGAAUAAUCGUUCUCAAAUCAAAUGUAAUGGAACAUUUUGGUCGUUU